AUGGAGCAGGGAGAGAAUGGUGAGAGCGAGAGAGAGAGGGAAGGAGAGGGAGAGAUCAUUUCCUGUAAAACAACAGCCUAGGACUUAGCCAUAGGGAAGUGUGACAAUUUCAGUAUAACAAUCCAGUAUUGACUGAAUCCCCAUCAAUCUGCCUAAAACCUGUGUUACAGUGGUGCAGCAUAUUCCAUUGUUAGUCAGUGUUGACUGUUUUGUGCCCCAUCCUUCCAGGCCAGGUUUGCUGAACAUUGGGGAGUCUGCUACCCAGCCCUGGUUGGCUGAUACCUGGCCCAACUCCUGCUCCAAUCACAACGACUGUAGCAUGAACUGCUGCACCGCAGGACAGGGCAACAGUGACAGCAACCUGGCUACAUACAGCCGCCCAGGUGAGUACGCUACACACUGGAACAACACACCCAAAGAUAAACAGUUAUCAAAAUAACUCUAAGGCCUCAUGCCCAUAGUGGGCACAGGGGCACGUGCCCCCUCAGAUUUGUCCUGUUCAUUAAAAAAAAUAGUAAUAAUAAUAACAUAUAUAUAUAUAUAUAUAUAUAUUAGUUUUUAGUUUUUUCUUUGUAAUACUACUAGCCACUUAGCAAUUUUAUGAAGUUGUCUUUAGCUAGCCCAGAUAAGUUCCCAAUCUCAUAACUAGCUACCAAGAAGCCAUUUCAGGCUAUCAGGUUGGUAGACUUAAAAAAGAAAGCAAUAACUAAAUAUACUGAAUAAGACUCACAUUCCUUUCAAUCUUUUACCCAGAUUUUAGCAGAGAUGAAGAGAAGCAUAUUUCAUUUCUUGUUUUUUAAAGUACCACCUGUCAGGGGGAUACAGACCGCUCAAGAGGUAUGCUUAGAUAUGCAGAAAAACAAACAUAUUUUUGACAUAGAAUUAAGCAUAAUGAUUAUGGUUCUAGAUCGCAGGAAAAAGCUGUUUCAGGUGUUAGAAAAAUUAAAAAUUCUCAAACUUACGGUCGUGGGUGUUGAGGAUCCUUUGCUGAUCCUUUGUGCCCCCUCAGAGUUUUGGGGUGCAUGACGCACACACCUGCUCUCAAAACAAAGCAUAGAUAAGAAUCAUAGAAACAAGCGGAUGUGGUCGGUAGAAAACAGAGAGAAGUGAAGUGAAAUCUGGGUUAGCUCCCUCGAGACUUCUCUCUCUAUACAUCUCUCCUCGCGAGGUCUCUAUAAGAAAAACCUUAAGGGAUAUGAGGCUUAGGAGUAGGAGUAGCGUGUGUGUUUGAUUUAUUUAAUGUUAAAGCGGGGCUGUUUUAGGCAGGAAAUAAAAGGAGCGCGCUGGAAGGUCCUUAUGGGUUUACUCUGCUGCAAAUCGAAUUGCUCUGCUGAUUUCCAUACUUCUGUUAUAGGCCAUAAUGCCCACUUAGUGCUCAGUUAUUAAAGAAAUGUUGAGCAGUGGUUGACGUCAGGGCAGGACUGCAGACUGCAGCCAAAACCGGAUAGAGAGAGAGAGAGAGAGAGAGAGAGAGAGAGCGAGAGAGAGAGAGAGAGAGAGAGAGAGAGAGAGAGAGAGAGAGAGAGAGAGAGAGAGAGAGAGAGAGAGAGAGAGAGAGAGAGAGAGAGAGAGAGAGAGAGAACCUGGAAGAGUGCAUAGAAAGAAAGGGAACGGAGGAGGAAAACAAAUGAUGGGGGAGGAUAAUUAGUACACAGAGAUAAAUGAAGAGAGAAAGAGAGAGUCCGUAGGGGGGAAGUAAAAGAGAUGGACAGGGAGGGAGUUAUUAAGGUACACCUCCAGGUGGCCUCUCAGUCAGCAGUAUUUUCUAUAAACAAUAGGGAGUGAGUUUGGCUCUGAGGUCACACACACACACGCUUACACGCGCGUGUACGCAAACACACGCAAACACACACGUGCACGCACGCACGCACGCAAACACACACAAACACACACACACACACACACAUACACACACACAAUCAAAAGAGCAAACUAUUCACACUGUACAGAGAAAAAGGGCCAACAGCUGGCAGAGAGGGGAGAAGUAUGGCUCUUGGUGCAGGGUGGGGACAAGGGAUUUGAGGUUACACACACAUAGGUAGGACAUAACUACAAACCAUGGACCGGAGCUCUGAACCUCCUUUUGAGAUACAGCAGGCUUAGAAGUUUAACUUAAGUAAAAGAGAUGUGGGUAUACAGUACAGUCGUUUGAACACCUGGCAUAUACUACAGUAGUGUAGUGUUGUCUACCCACUCAUUGAUUCAUUUAGAUUGUUGGCUUCAACCAUCUCCCCAAACAGGCUUACACACACUCCUAGUGUAGCAGAUGUGCUGUUGUACUAAGUGCUGUGCUACUACUGGGUUAAGCAUCUUACUCAAGGACAAAGAAAGACUGUACCCAUUACAGUUUACAUUUGAGUCAUUUAGCAGACGCUCUUAUCCAGAGCGACUUACAGUUAGUGAGUGCAUACAUUUUUCAUACUGGCCCCCCAUCAAAUACAUACCCAACUUCUAAAGUUAUCCAUCACAGUCAACAUCCGACUUUUCAUUCCGGGGUGUGUUUAACUUUUCCUUUACAUUGGUUCUGGUGAGUUAGUUUGAGAAAGGGGUAAUAUGCUAAAAGCACUUCUCACUCACCCCCAGUAUGUUAAGGAGCAUGCCUGGUGAUGGCUGCUUUGUGUGGCAAACCUAAACCCUGUGAAGGUUUAACAGGAUCAGCGGCUAGGUGGCAGAGCUGAGGGGUAUGAAUUAAUGUCCCUUUAUCUAACACAUAGAGGCCCUUUCUCCACAUGUACCUCUGAAGUGCCUCGGUUCUUGGGAAAUGUGAGGCUCACGUGCGCUCGGUUGUUCCACCUACAGCCGUCCUUGGUAUUUACCGCAAGGCUGGCUCUCAGAUCUGCUGGAGGAUUUGAAUAUUUUAUGAGCCAGGGAAAAUUGGAUCUGUCAGUGGAGCUCUGUUAUUUUCUGCACGCUUCGUUACAAUCUUUUGAUACCAUGGCCACCAUUGUUCCUGUACCCAAGAAAGCAAACGUAACUGAACUAAAUGACUAUCGCCCUGUAGCACUCACCUCUGUCAUCAUGAAGUGCUUUGAGAGACUAGUCAAGGAUCAUAUCACCUCUACCUUACCUGUCACCCUAGACCCACUUCAAUUUGCUUACCGCCCCAAUAGAUCCACAGACGAUGCAAUCGCCAUCACACUGCACACUGCCCUACCCCAUCUGGACAAGAGGAAUACCUAUGUAAGAAUGCUGUUCAUUGACUAUAGCUCAGCAUUCAACACCAUAGUACCCUCCAAGCUCAUCAUUAAGCUCGAGGCCCUGGGUCUGAACCCCGUCCUGUGCAACUGGGUCCUGGACUUCCUGACGGGCCGCCCCCAGGUGGUGAAGGUAGGAAACAACAUCUCCACUUCGCUGAUCCUCAAUACUGGGGCCCCACAAGGGUGCGUGCUCAGCCCCCUCCUGUACUCCCUGUUCACCCAUGACUGCCUGGCCAAUCAAGCCUCCAACUCAAUCAUCAAGUUUGCAGACGACACAACAGUAGUAGGCAUGAUUACCAACAAUGACGAGACCGCCUACAGGGAGGAAGUGAGGGCUCUGGGAGUGUAGUGCCAGGAAAAUAACCUCUCACUCGACAUCAACAAAACAAAGGAGAUGAUCGUGGACUUCAGGAAACAGCAGAGGGUGCACCCCUCUAUCCACAUCGACGGGACCGCAGUGGAGAAGGUGGAAAGCUUCAAGUUCCUUGGCGUACACAUCACCGACAAACUGAAAUGGUCCACCCACGCAGACAGUGUGGUGAAGAAGGCGCAACAGAGCCUCUUCAACCUCAGGAGGCUGAAGAAAUUUGGCUUAGCACCUAAAACCCUCACAAACCUUUACAGAUGCACAAUUGAGAGCAUCCUGUCGGGCUGUAUCACCACCUGGUACGCCAACUGCACCGCCCGCAACCGCAGGGCUCUCCAGAGGGUGGUGCGGUCUGCCGAACGCAUUACCGGGGGUAAACUACCCGCUCUCCAAGACACAUACAGCACCCGAUGUCACAGGAAGGCCAAAAAGAUCAUCAAGGACAUCAAUCCACUGCCUGUUCACCCCGCUAUCAUCCAGAAGGCGAGGUCAGUACAGGUGCAUCAAAGCUGGGACUGAGAGAAUGAAAAACAGCUCUAUCUCAAGGCCAUUAGACUGUUAAAUAGCCAUCACUAGCACAUUAGAGGCUGCUGCUGCCUAUUGAAAUCACUGGCCAUUUUAAGAAAUGGAACACUAGUCACUUUAAUAAUGUUUACAUAUCUUGCACUACUCAUCUCAUAUGUAUAUACUGCAUUCUAUUCUAUAAUAUUCUACUGUAUCUUAAUCCAGGCCGCUCUGUCAUUGCUUGUCCAUAUAUGUAUUCUUAAAUCCCAUUCCUCACUAGUUUUGUGUGUAUUGGGUAUAUGUUGUGAAAUUGUUAGAUAUUACUUGUUAGAUAUUACUGCACUGUCGGAACUAGAAGCACAAGCAUUUCGCUACACCCGCAAUAACAUCUGCUAAACACGUGUAUGUGACAAAUACAUUUUGAUUUGAUUUGAUUUGAUACAGACGUGUUCUGCUGUUGGCCUGUUGUGGAGAAUAGAGAUGACAUGACGUUGAGCUGUGGAUGAGACAGAGACAUUAUUGAGACAGAACAGAGAGAGCAGACAGUGGAAGCAUAAUACAGCUACAGUCACUCACCUGAACCAGAUAGGGAUAGUUGACGUACAGAAUGAACUGUAGUUUGCACUGAAAGAUAUAUAUAUAUCUGUCUAGACUGAGGGCACAGUGAUCUGUUGAAAGGUACUAAUGACUCGGGCUGAUUUAUUUCUGUGUCAUUCUGUAAUGUUAAUCUUUUCAGCUUAUUCUUUAUCGGAAUAUAAUGCCAGUGAAUACAACUGAAUACAAUGCCUUUCGUGCCAUUCAUGCACUUGGCAAACCUCUUCUUCUGAACCUAGCCAUAGAAGCUAGUCCAGUCUUUCACUAAACCCUGCACCCUGCACCCGCUCCCCAUGUUAUCCAGCCGACUGCAUCGCCAACUAUAACAACCAGAUGGAGAGCAAACAGACCAACCUGAUGGUGCCGGAGGGAGGAGUGUACGGAGACGUGGACCUCUCCAACAAGAUCAACGAGAUGAAGACUUUCAACAGCCCCAACCUGAAGGACGGACGCUUCGUAGGGCCGGGGGGACAGCCCACCCCCUACGCCACCACACAGCUCAUCCAGUCGUCUAUCCUGGGAAACAACAUCAACACAGACAGAGACAGAGGGAGUGGAGGGGGAGGAGGAGGGGGAGGGGAGAUAAACGAGAAACAUGGCUGGAAACCCACCCCGGUUCAGCUGCAGAAGCAACAGGAAAUGACCUCACAGCUCCACCAGUAUAACAUCAUGGAGCAGAACAAGCUAAACAAGGGUGAGUGUGUGGUGGGAAUCAGUGGAGGUCAGGAGGUCAAACCAUAGCCGUCUUCCAUCUUUGCUUUCUUCCCUUCUUUCUUUCCCUUUCUCCCUGUGGAUUGGCCCACCAUGCUGAAGAAUGUUCCUUUUUCACUUGCUUCCCUGCUGCCCCCAUUCAGUCAUAUCAACAGAGAACAUCAUCAGUCUCUCGCUCAUUGUCUGUUAUGCAUUUACCUAACUCCUCUUUCCUCUCUGUGUUCAUAUUCUGUGUCAGGCCUGAGUUUCUGUCUUUUCUGUCUGGGUGGUUCUUCAUGGGUGAAGUCUCGUAGCUACAGGUGUAAGGAUUGUCUCCCGGUGUCAGGUAUCUGAAGGAGAGAUACAGGCACUGAACUGACAGGCACUGAACUAAACUGUCGUCACUUUGUUCUUACCUACAAAAGAGCUGCUGCUUAAGUAACACCGUUUUCAGCUUCGUCAUGGUCUCUCGUAUGGAACAGAAAUUGCAUGUCUUCUCUCUCAGCACUAUUAGGAAGACAGCAUCCAGCUAUUGCAUGAUAUUACACCAGACUGUUUGUUGUGACAGUUUGAAAUUACAUUUCAAUUUAUUAGAGGUGUAUUACACACAUUUAAACACAUUGUUGGUUAAGAUCAUUAUUUAGAUGAGUUCAUUAGUCCGUUAAACUCAAACAGUCUCUAUGCACCUUUUGAUAUCAUCAUUUCCCCUUCUGUCCUUCAUUUCCAUAAGCUAUCUGUACUUCUCUAAUGCGAUAAUGUAGUGUAUGCUGCCCUGCGACCCACCUUCAUCAUGCUUACCAUCCUCCUCCUCUCCCCUACCAGACCACUACAGAGGAGGGGACAGUCCCAUGCCUACCACCAUCCCCUAUAACCAGGCCCACGAGGCCCACACCGUGGGCUCCUACAACAGCUCUGACCGCGGCAGCAGCAGCACCUCCGGUGAGAGAGGGGGGAACGAGGGGGGACAGGGGCAGACGGGUUAUCAUAUCCACAGCCAGAUGGCUGAUGUUUUACUGCGUGGAUGUUUAGUGAAUCGCUUUUGUUGUUGUUGUUUCCAGUUCAUUAUUAUUUCUAUAAACCACUUAAUCACUUUCAACCCAGAAGCUCCAUUUCUAAAUCCUUAUUUUCCUCAAAAGCAAUAUAUCACAGUGGUACUAAUAAUGCGUGAUGCUUUAAAAUGGUAAUUUGUAUUAAUUUCCAUGUCAGUCUCUUGAAGAGAAAUGAAAAGCAGAUGCCUUCAGAUGCCUCCAGUCUGUCAUGUUCCAGUCUGUCUGGGUCCAGUCUGUCUGGUUCCAGUCUGUCAUGUUCCAGUCUGUCUGGUUCCAGUCUGUCAUGUUCCAGUCUGUCUGGGUCCAGUCUGUCUGGGUCCAGUCUGUCUGGGUCCAGUCUGUCAGUCUGUCUGGGUCCAGUCUGUCUUGUUCUAGUAUGUCAGGUUCCAGUCUGUCAUGUUCCAGUCUGUCUGGUUCCAGUCUGUCAUGUUCCAGUCUGUCUGGUUCCAGUCUGUCAUGUUCCAGUCUGUCUGGGUCCAGUCUGUCAUGUUCCAGUCUGUCUGGUUCCAGUCUGUCAUGUUCCAGUCUGUCUGGUUCCAGUCUGUGUCUGUUUCCAGUCUGUGUGUUUCAGUUUCCAGUCUGUGUCUGUUUCCAGUCAGUUUCCAGUCUGUGUGUGUUUCCAUUAUGUUUCCAGUCUGUGUGUGUUUCCAUUCUGUGUCUGUUUCCAUUCUGUUUCCAGUCUGUGUUUGUUUCCAUUCUGUGUCUGUUUUCAGUCGGUUUGUGUUUCCAGUCUGUGUGUCUUUCCAGUCAGUUUCCAGUCUGUGUGUGUUUCCAGUCUGUGUGUGUUUCCAGUCAGUUUCCAGUCUGUGUGUGUUUCCAGUCUGUGUGUGUUUCCAGUCAGUUUCCAGUCUGUGUGUGUUUCAGUCUGUGUGUGUUUCCCAGUCUGUGUGUGUUUCCAGUAUGUGUGUGUUUCCAGUCAGUUUCCAGUCUGUGUGUGUUUCCAGUCUGUGUGUGUGUUUCCAGUCUGUGUCUUUCCAGUCAGUUUCAAGUCUGUGUGUGUUUCCAGUCUGUGUGUUUCCAGUCCUGUGUUCCAGUGUGUCGUUUCCAGUCGUUUUUGUCAGUUUCCAGUUGUUUCCAGUCUGUGUGUUCAUUCUGUUUUCCAGUCUGUGGUGUCAGUUUCCAGUCUGUGUUGUUGUGUUUCCAGUCUGUGUGUUUCCAGUCUUGGUGUUUCCAGUCUGUGUGGUCUCCAGUCUGGUGUGUUUCCAGUCUUGUAGUUCAGUUGGUGUUCCAGUCUGUGUGUCCAGUCUGUGUCAGUUUCCAGUCUGUUGUUCGUUUCCAGUCUGUGUGUCGUGUGUUUUCCAGUCGUUGUUUCCAGUCUGUGUUUCCAGUCUGUGUGUGUUUCCAGUCUGUGUCGGUGUCAGUUUCCAGUCUCCUGUGUGUUUCCAGUCUGUGUCAGUUUCCAGUCUGUUUUCCAGUCUGUGUCAGUUUCCAGUCUGUGUGUGUUCGUUGUCCAGUCUGUGUGUUCAGUUUUCCAGUCUGUGUCAGUUUCCAGUCUGUGUUCCAGUCGUGUCCAGUUUCCAGUCUGUGUGUCUUUCCAGUCUGUUCGUCUGUGUGUUCCAGUUGUUUCCAGUUGUGUCAGUUCCAGUCUGUGUGUUUCCAGUAUGUGUGUGUUUCCAGUCUGGUGUCAGUUUCCAGUCUGUGUCAGUUUCCAGUCUGUGUGUGUUUCCAGUCUGUGUCGGUGUCAGUUUCCAGUCUGUGUUUCAGUAUGUUGUUUUCCAGUCUGUGUCAGUUUCCAGUCUGUGUGUUUCCAGUUCGUUGUGUGUUUCCAGUCUGUGUGUCAGUUUCCAGUCUGUUCGUUUCCAGUCUGUGUGUCAGUUUCCAGUCGUGUUUCCAGUCUGUGGUCAUGUUUUUCCAGUCUGUGUGUUCCAGUGUGUUUCCAGUCUGUGUGUGUCUCCAGUCUGUGUCAGUUUCCAGUCUGUGUCAGUUUCCAGUCUGUUUCCAGUCUGUGUCAGUUUCCAGUCUGUGUGUGUUUCCAGUCUGUGUCAGUUUCCAGUCUGUGUCAGUUUCCAGUCUGUGUGUGUCUCCAGUCUGUGUCAGUUUCCAGUCUGUGUCAGUUUCCAGUCUGUUUCCAGUCUGUGUCAGUUUCCAGUCUGUGUCAGUUUCCAGUCUGUUUCCAGUCUGUGUCAGUUUCCAGUCUGUGUCAGUUUCCAGUCUGUGUCAGUUUGUGUGUGUAUACAAGUUGAAUUUAGCGUGAUCCAUCCAAAACCUAGUUUGUGAGUGUUUUUCUGACUAGUGAGCUAGUCACUGGACAUUUUAUUUGGUUCUUCCUUGUUGCUCAGACAGUUUUUUGUAAAAAACAUUAAUUACCGUUCCCUUCAUUCCUGCAAAGAGGAGGAUAAUCUCAUCAGAGCUGCAGUAUUUGUUUCUGGACAAUAACUAAUGACACACACAUUCCAGAGGGCAUGCAACACUGCCUCCAUAACACCCAGGAUCCAUUCUGAUAUUGUAUAUGAAGUUCAGCUCAUUUAUGAGCAGCCCUCUGUGCUCACUGAGCUCACAGCUCAUUGGUUUCAAAUUCUAAUUGGCUGCUGUUAAUUGGCCUCUGAUGUUUUUGGCUUUUUUUCAAGUUUUCUAUUUUCUCUUGGCAAUGGUGAACAUUACAGUUGAAGAAUGACUGUGUUUUUGAUGGCAUGGCUGGCAUUAAUUACAAAUUGAGAGGUAAUGAGCGUGGUGCGUUUUCGCGACAUCCAUAAAGAAAGGGUGUGCAAUUAGCUGACAUGCUCUCAUGUUUUUUUUAUCUGUGUAAAUCUCGCACUGAAAUUAGCCCUGUUUGUUCCUAACUUUGUAUCUGCUGUCGAUUUUAUUAAUUUCUCUUUUGAUUUAAUGAGCGUCAAUAAUGUAGAUGGUUGAGAGACAGAGGAGGAUGUGGGAGUGGGGAUGUGUGUCUGUGUGUGUUUCCAGUCAGUUUCCAGUCUGUGUCUGUUUCCAGUCAGUUUCCAGUCUGUGUGGCUUUUUUUCAUGUUUUCUAUUUUCUCUUGGCAAUGGUGAACAUUACAUUUGAAAAAUUAGUGUGUUUUUGAUGGCAUGGCUGGCAUUAAUUACAAAUUGAGAGCUAAUGAGCGUGGUGCGUUUUCGCGACAUUCAUAAAGAAAGGGGGUGCCAUUAGCUGACAUGCUCUCGUGUAUUAUUACUUUUUUUUAAUCUGUGUAAAUCUCGUGCUGAAAUUAGCCCUGUUUGUUCCUAAAUUUGUAUCUGCUGUCGAUUUAUUAUUUUCUCCGCUGAUUUAACGAGCAUCAAUAAUGUAGAUGGUGGAGAGACAGAGGAGGUGGGAAUGUGUGUCUGCGUGUUUCUGACUGAAGGAGUUCUUUGUUCACGUUUGAGCAGGGAGUCAAGGUCAGAAGAAGGGAGUGCGUACCCCCAAACAACCCAAACAGAGCACAAUGAACUGGGCUGACCUACUGCCUCCUCCCCCUGCUAACCCACCCCCCUGCCGCAACAUGGAGGAGUACUCCCUGUCCAUGGACGAGAGGUGGGACAUGUUUACACACACACACACACACACACACACACACACACACACACACACCUCCCUGCCACUCGACUCUUUCCUUUCAUUUACUGAAAGAGUGUCAAACCUGCCCUAAGGGUUUUUUUUUCUAUUGUGUGUCAAUGCUAGGUAAAUGUCAAACCUUUUCCUUUACAUGUCUACCUUGAUAGCAGCACAACAUGAAUAUGUACUAGCUACAUUGUUCCAGCUAUGAAUGUUACUGUCACGUUGAGUGACAUCCAACUAAUCAGCGUGUUUCCCUGUGUUGACAGCUAUGACCCAGACAUGCAGUGCUCCCUGCCCCCCUCCCGAAUGUACCUGCAGCCAGAUGAACUGGAAGAGGAGGAGGAGGAGGAGGAGGAGGAGGAGGAGGAGAUGGAGAGGGGUCCCACUCCACCCAUCAGAGGGGCUGCCUCGUCCCCCGCCGCGGUGUCCUACAGUCAUCAGUCCACGGCCACCCUCACCCCCUCGCCCCUGGAGGACCUGCAGCCCAUGCUCCAAGACACACCAGACAGCAUGGGCUCUGGACACGAGCGCAGGUACUGGGAGGUGUUAUACUGUAUAAAAUGGAACUCUGAUUGGCUGAUAUACAGUGGGUAUAAUAAGUAUUCACCCCCCCUUAGAUCUUUUCACAUUAUAUUGUGUUACAAAGUGGGAUUUAAAUAAUUUAAUUGUGAUUUUUUUUGUCAUUGAUCUACACAAGAUACUCCAUAAUGUUAAAGUGAAAAUAACAUUAUACAAAUGUAAAAUAAAAGACAAAUAAUAAUAUCUAAAAUAUAGUCGUUGCAUAAGUAUUCACCCCAUAAAUUAGUUCAGUUAGACCUAAAUGACAGAGUGAAAAGUAUACAGAACCAAAUAUACUGAAUCAGAACAUUCCAAAACAUGCAUCCUCUAUGCAACAAGGCACUAAAUUCAUGCAAAAAAAUUUAUUGCCUCAGGGUUAGGGUUAGAUCUUAUCUAUUCAAGGUGUAUUAGUGAUUUAUUUUUCAUUCAUUUUUGGUGUAGAUCGUUGGCAAAAAAGUACACAAAAUCCAUUUUAAUCCCACUUUGUAAGACAAUAAAGGGGUGAUACCCACUGUAGUAAUGAUUUUAAUAGUCUGUACAAAAAAUGCAAUCAUAUUUUAUAAUUGAUUUAUAUAAUUGAUUUCUCAUACCCUACAUUAAGAACAUGUCUCCUGCUGUUUCAGACGCCAUGCAGUGAGCCCCCCUCCCCGGCCCCUCUCCCCCUCACACACCUACGGCUACAUCUCAAGCCCCCUGGCUCUGGACACAGACGGCAUGGAGGAGCAGGAGAUGUUGGAGGAAGAGGAGGAGGAGGAUGGGGACGAGACAGACGCGGAGGUGGCCAAGGUGCACCACCACCCUCACCACCCCCACCACCCCCAGCAGAUGCACCCCAGGAGGCUGCUGCUGCGGGGCCUGGAGCAGACGCCAGCCUCCAGCGUGGGGGACCUGGAGAGCUCUGUGACGGGCUCCAUGAUCAACGGCUGGGGUUCGGCCUCCGAGGAGGACAACGCCUCUUCAGGACGCUCCAGCGCCGUCAGCUCCUCAGACGGAUCCUUCUUCACAGACGCCGACUUUGCCCAGGCUGUGGCCGCUGCUGCAGAGUACGCAGGCCUCAAGGUGGCCAAGUACCCCAACCCCACGCAAGGCCAGGAGGGAGGCCCCGGAGGUAAGCACAUAUAUUCCUCACUAAUAUGAUAUUUUAUCCUUAUCAAGAAGAGUAUAAAACAAGAUCAUGAGCACCUUAAUUCCUUAGUCUAAGACGUUGGGGGAGUGGGGGUGCUAAGCUGACAUAUGGCAUUGAUUUAUGAUGGUCAUACUAUGGAUCAUUUAGCUAUUUUAACAAGAGUGUGCAAAGCUGUCAUCAAGGCAAAUGGUGGCUAUUUGAAGAAUCUCAAAUAUAAAAUAUAUUUUGAUUUGUUUAACACUUUUUUGGUUACUACAUGAUUCCAUAUGUGUUAUUUCAUAGUGUUGAUGUCUUCACUAUUAUUCUACAAUGUAGAAAAUAGUACAAAUAAAGAAAAACCCUUGAAUGAGUAGGUGUUGUAAAACUUUGGACCAGUAGUGUAGAUUUUAGCCUUUUCUACUAAAGCCUAUAGAAAUGCUUUGAAUUACAAAUUCAUAAAUGGCAAAAAGGACAGUCAAAAAUUAAAUCAUAAGAAACAAGGUUUUGAAGUGUCUGUCCUAAAUCUAAGAUAUAUAUUUUUUUAAUCUCAGGAAAUACUUUUUAUACAUAUUUAAUUCCAAACUUCCAUUUGUUUUUUAUAAACCGGUAUCGGUUACCUUCAGACGAGUCCCUUGACACUUGUGGGGGCCGUAGAGCAAAACGGAGAACGCCAUCGUGUUCGUGAGAGUCUCCCCUUUCCAUAGAGUAGUCAGAAUAGUUUGGACGCCGUUUGGACGCUACAGACAAACACCGCUCUAGCUCUGCCACCUUUCACCGCAGAUGCGGAUAUCUCUAACUUAAACUGACUGAUUUUUAUGGGGAUUUUUUGUUUAUGUAAUUUAGAUUGACGCACUUGUGUGAAUCGACUCUAGGGGGUUAACUUUUAUGAAUCCCUUAUUCUGCAAGCCCGCUGACAGAGGGACAACCUUUUCAUGGUUUCAUGCGCCUUACCAAAUGUGUCUUUCCCUUCAGCACGAAAGUAUCAAAUGACCCCUUCAGGCCACCGUCCUGGCAGCCCCCUGUCCACAGACAGUAACAUGAGCACGGCCAACAUGCAGAAGAGGCCUCCUAAGAAGCAGAAACAGCACACUGCAGCGGGCCUCCCAGGGCUCCAGCGACGAGAGGCCUACCCUGAAGGUACAGCACAGGGCAACACAUACUCUGCUCAUUCAUCACUAAAGUACUGUAUGAGGUGGAACGUCAUAACAAGGACUGGAGAUGUACCAUGGAUCCAUUUGUAAUUACAUUUACAUUUACGUAAUUUAGCAGACGCUCUUAUCCAGAGCGACUUACAAAUUGGUGCAUUCACCUUAUAGCCAGUGGGAUAACCACUUUACAAUAUAUAUAUUUAUUUUUUUGGGGGGGUGGGGUAAGGGGGGGUAGAAGGAUUACUUUAUCCUAUCCCAGGUAUUCCUUAAAGAGGUGGGGUUUCAAGUGUCUCCGGAAGGUGGUGAGUGACUCCACUGUCCUGGCGUCGUGAGGGAGCUUGUUCCACCAUUGGGGUGCCAGAGCAGUGAACAGUUUUGACUGGGCAGCGGGAACUGUGCUUCCGCAGAGGUAGGGGGGCCAGCAGGCCAGAGGUGGAUGAACGCAAUGCCCUCGUUUGGGUGUAGGGACUGAUCAGAGCCUGAAGGUACAGAGGUGCCGUUCCCCUCACAGCUCCGUAGGCAAGCACCAUGGUCUUGUAGCAGAUGCGAGCUUCAACUGGAAGCCAGUGGAGUGUGCGGAGGAGCGGGGUGACGUGAGAGAACUUGGGAAGGUUGAACACCAGACGGGCUGCGGCAUUCUGGAUGAGUUGGAGGGGUUUAAUGGCACAGGCAGGGAGCCCAGCCAACAGCGAGUUGCAGUAAUCCAGACGGGAGAUGAUUAGGUGACUGGAUUAGGACCUGUGCCGCUUCCUGUGUAAGGUAGGGUCGUACUCUCCGAAUGUUGUAAAGCAUGAACCUACAGGAUCGGGUCACCGCCUUGAUGUUAGCGGAGAACGACAGGGUGUUGUCCAGGGUCACGCCAAGGUUCUUUGCACUCUGGGAGGAGGACACAACGGAGUUGUCAACCGUGAUGGCGAGAUCAUGGAACGGGCAGUCCUUCCCCGGGAGGAAGAGCAGCUCCGUCUUGCCGAGGUUCAGCUUGAGGUGGUGAUCCGUCAUCCACACUGAUAUGUCUGCUAGACAUGCAGAGAUGCGAUUCGCCACCUGGUUAUCAGAAGGGGGAAAGGAGAAGAUUAGUUGUGUGUCGUCUGCGUAGCAAUGAUAGGAGAGGCCAUGUGAGGAUAUGACAGAGCCAAGUGACUUGGUGUAUAGCGAGAAUAGGAGAGGGCCUAGAACUGAGCCCUGAGGGACACCAGUGGUGAGAGCACAUGGUGCGGAGACAGAUUCUCGCCACGCCACUUGGUAGGAGCGACCUGUCAGGUAAUCUAGUGUUCUACUGCUGUAAUACCUCAUAAUGAGUACUAGAGUUGUACCAUGAAUCCAUUUGUAAUCUAGUCCCCUAAUACUGUAAUACCUCAUAAUGAGGACUGUAGUUGUACCAUGGUUCCAUCUCUAUUCUAGUGUUCUACUGCUGUAAUACCUCAUAAUGAGUACUAGAGUUGGACCAUGAAUCCAACUGUAUUCUAGUCCCCUAAUACUGUCAUACCUCACUACCCAGCCCCACCCAUAUGAUGUAUGGCAUGGUGCCUGCCUGAGACACAGUGUCCAGGAGUGAGUGAGUGUGAGGGUGUCAUAAGUCAGAGCUUUAAUCAUCUUCCCCUCGUGUGUGCGUGGCAUCACUUCCAAUCUGUGGCGGUGCUGAGCAGAACAGACUGGGGUAGAUGGGAAGUAUGGAGUGGGCCUGUCUCAGGGGACUGCUGUCCAGCUCCAGCCCGUUCUGCUGCUGCUGAAACUGGGAUGUCUUCCACUCCAGCCAGCCACUAAUGAAAUUACCCCCAGGUGCUCUGGCUCUUAUUGAAGUGGCCCCCUGGCCUCCACUCCAAGGAGCCAGGAAUAAACAAAGCGGGGGCUAACUACAGAGUUACAACGCACAGCACUGGGAAUAUGCUUAUCCUUGUCAAAGUGAAGAAUGUUAACUUUAAGGGGAUUUAUUGUUGCUUUUUUUGUGGCCUAUGUGUUAGUUUUAGUUCUGUUUUCCUCUGGGAUUUAGCUUUUGUGUGUGUGAAUGGAUGUGUGCGUGUAGGUGCUUGUGUAUGUGCAUUGUCUCUGUCUGUGUGUGUGUGCAUGUAUGUGUGUGUGUGUGUGUGUGUGUGUGUGUGUAAGUGCAUGUGUCUGUGCAUGUAUGUGUGCGUGUGUGUGAAUGGGUGCGUGUGUGUAGGUGCGUGUGUCUGUGUGUGUGUGUGUGUGUGUGUGCAUGUAUGUGUGCGUGUGUGUGAAUGGAUGCGUGCGUGUGUCUGUGCAUUCUCUCUGUGUGUGUGUGUGUGUGCAUAUGUGUGUGUGUGUGUGUGUGUGUGUGUGUGUGUGUGUGUGUGUGUGUGUGUGUGUGGAGCUGGCUCUCCUCUUACUGUCAGGUGUCCUUGUGUGUUGAAAGUACUUGACAGGGAGAUUUAAUAUCCAGCCCCACUCUGAGCCAGACCAGCUAUUACUGCACCAAAUCCCCCCUCCCCUCAUCCCCCCUCCCCUCAUCCCCCCUCCCCUCAUCCCCCCCUCCCCUCAUCCCCCCCUCCCCUCAUCCUGCCUGCCUUCCACCCCAUCCCCUCAUCCCCCCUCCCCUCAUCCUGCCUGCCUGCCUUCCACCCCAUCCCCUCAUCCCCCCUCCCCUCAUCCUGCCUGCCUGCCUUCCACCCCAUCCCCUCAUCCCCCCUCCCCUCAUCCUGCCUGCCUGCCUUCCACCCCCAUCCCCUCCCUUUGAAGUAA